AUGUUAUGCCAAAAUGUAUAUAGCUGCAGGGUUGCGGGGUGCAGUUCAGACAUGGGAAGUGAGCAUUACUGCCUGAGGUGGAACAAUCAUCAGAGCAACUUGCUGGGUGUGUUCAGUCAACUGCUGGAGUCGGAGUCGCUGGUGGACGUGACACUGGCGUGCACGGAGGGACCGUCGAUACGCGCACACAAGGUAGUCCUCUCCGCGUGCUCCAGUUACUUCCAGGCCCUGUUCCUCGACCACCCGAACCGUCACCCCAUCGUUAUCCUAAAGGACGUACGUUUCGCCGAGCUACGUACCCUCGUCGACUUCAUGUACAAAGGCGAGGUAAACGUCGAGUACUGCCAGCUAUCGGCCCUCCUCAAGACAGCGGAGAGCCUCAAGGUUAAGGGUCUAGCGGACAUGACGAACAUCAACGCAGCGGUAGCAUCCAGGGAAGAACAGCAACAACAGCAACAACAACAACAGCAGCAGCAGCAACAGCAGCAGCAACAACAACAACAACAACAUACGAGCACCUCCGACACGUCGCGAGAGCAUCAUCGAGAACGAGAACGAGAACGAGAACGAGAACGAGAUCGAGAACGAGAUCGAGAGAGUAUAAAAGAGACGAGUAGCAAGGAGAGGGAACGAGAGUCGAACGUAACCACUGGAGUGUCGGCCGGUGCCAAGGAAUGCGAGCAGCAGCAACAGCAGCAACAGCAACAGCAGCAAUCCAGCAGCAUCGUGCAGAGCACCCCUAGCGAAACCCUAGCGGAGGCGGUGGACAUGACGGAUUGUCCGCCGUCGCCCGCGGGGCCUGGUAGCCCGUGCCCGGGACCGCUGGCCCUCGACCGACCCAGGAGGGACUCCGAAGACGCGGCUAGCCUCGAAGAAACGAGGGCCGGCUCUCUCAGCCCGAUCUCGGUGCACAGCGGACCAUCCGACAUGAGCCUCAGCAACAACACCGGUGGCGCGCCCGGUGGCGUGCUACCGUUGAAUCUGCCACAGAGCCGGCUUCCGUCCCCGCACAGUACCGAGCCCCUCGCCGGCCCCUCGGGCUUACCCCCGGUUCAACAAGUUCCGCUAUCCUUGAAAAAAGAAAUGGACUGGGAAAGGUCGACCGAGGAGCGCAGCGCGAGCAGCGAGAUAUCCGCAGACUACCGACUCCCGCCAGAUCCGGUCUCGCUCGCCCUCGGACUGGACGCGGGCGGAUGGGGCGCCCUGGUGGAGCGGACGAGCGCGCACGGAGGCACCGGCAGCACCAUCCUCGGGCACGGCGGUUUCACCGGGCUAGCCGGACUGGCGCGUCGCUGCGGCGUCUGCCUGGCGACGUUCCCGUCGCCGUGGCUGCUGGAGCGGCACGCGUUGCUGCAACACGCCGGCCAGACCAGCGACGACAAGCCGUUCACCUGCGAGCAGUGCGGCCAGCGCUAUCGCUAUCGGUCCGCCUACGUCAAACAUCGCGAGCAGAACCAUCGCGCGCGGCUGCCGGCUGACAAGCUCUUCACCUGCGAUGUAUGCGGCAUGCAGUUCAGGUAUCUAAAGUCCUUUAAGAAGCACCGCCUCAACCACGCGCUUGAGCGGUUGCAGCGCGCGCCCGAAUCUCAAAACAGCGUAGUCGUCGCUGGCGACGUGGACGACAACGUCGUCGACGACGAUCGGCACGAGCCGAGCGAGGCGAUGAUCGAUCUCGCGCGGAGCGUCACUCGCGAGGCCGAUCGUCGCGAGCGACGCUUCGCCUGCCCGUUCUGCGGCAAGUGCGUCAGGUCCAAGGAAAAUCUGAAGCUGCACGUGCGCAAGCAUACUGGCGAACGGCCGUUCGUCUGCCUGUUCUGCGGUCGCGCCUUCGGAGGUAAGAGCGACCUGACGAGGCACCUGCGCAUCCACACCGGCGAGCGGCCCUAUCACUGCGAGAUGUGCGGCAAAUGCUUCGCCCGGGCUGACUAUCUCUCCAAGCAUCUCACCACGCAUAUUCACCAGCGCUAACGUGAUCGCAACUCGGCUCACUCGCCUCGGCCGCCUCCUCGGACCCGAAGAGCACCGCAACGACGUGCCUC